UACGCCUGUGUCGAGGCCUACAACAGGCGCCUACACCCUGGGGCUACAGAGGGAGUCAGUGGCAGUCCAUCUUUCGGCGGCUUCGAAACAUCACGACUGUUGUCUGAUGAACCAGCACAAGAGCAUGGCGUAAUGAUGACGCCUGUUACAGGGUUGCGGAACGGAUCCCGCAAAUAAGUAGUUGGAUGUUGCAAACGUUGUCUGUCCGUAUAUGUACCCGUACAACCAUGGUGAGAGGAGCGAGCUGCAUUUAUAUUUAAUGUCUUUCUUAAAUAAGAUAUUUAUGGUUGAAGCAGGGCAAAGCGACCUUUGGCUUAGUAUUGUAGGGACACCGUGAGUAGUCAUGUUGCUUCAGGCGCACACAGUCCGGGUUUCGGCUGGCCCAAAGCAGCUUCGACUCACCAUUCCGGCCGUCCGUGCUAGGGUGAUCCGUGUUGAGGCAGCUGCAGGCGGAACUGUAACAACGCCGGCUUCCGCUAUCACCUUAACAGCUGAGGCUUUAGAACAGCUUAGAAAGCUGAGAGCUGAGCACAAAAACCAGGAGAGUUUGUUACUCCGAGUGGGCGUGAAACAAGGUGGUUGUUCAGGGCUAUCAUACCAUAUGGAUUUCGAGACUCAGGACAAGGUUUCCGAGGAUGACCACGUGAUGUCGUAUGAUGACGGGUUUCGACUAGUAGUGGACCCAAAGAGUCUCCUAUACCUGUUUGGCAUGCGCCUGGGCUACAGUUCCGCUCUCAUUGGCGGCGGUUUCCAGUUCCAUAACCCUAAUGCCACCGACUCGUGCGGCUGUGGGAAGUCCUUCGGUGUUUGACCGUUGAUAGAGCGUAUGAAUUGCGUGGCCUAUGACCCAAGGGCCUGUACAUUAACGAGAGCAGAGGUGAGUGGGUGGCGGGACUAGGUAAAGCAGUACGCGACUUGGUAAAGCAGGCACGAGAGCUGAAAACGAGCGGGGCCGAAGGUUGUGCAGAAUGCCAUGGCCAUGCCAAGUGCGUUAUGCAGCGGCCGUACCCUGCAACAUAUCCAAGUCGGACUGGUGGUAUGUGAAUGGCUGUGUAGGGGUUGCCAUAACUCUGGAGAGGGAGGGGGGAGUCUGGUUUGUAUCUGUUGGUUGAUAACGCGCCAUAUCUGCUCGCGUAUUUGAUUGUGCUCGAGCGGUGCGAAGGGUUGUGAUAUCAUGGGACACUACCGCAGGUCAAAACCAACCAAGAAGCUAUAAAAUAUCCGUGAACUGUAAAAUUUU